GUGUUUUCAGACAAAAUUGUUAAAAAAAUUACUAAGACGCUUCCUUUCCUCUUCCGUUCGUUUCUGUCACGCAAGUUAAUUUUUCUUCCACGGAAUUUCUGUCUCUCGAAAGAGACGUGGAAAGAAUUAAAGUGAACUGGAUAGUGCUCGCGGUAUGAGUGCGGCGCUUAGAUCAAAAGUUAUUUUCUUUCUACGUAACGUUUAUAUGAAAUAUCACGUUACAGUUUCUAUCCACUUUUAUUAGCGGCCCUGUUGGGAAAGAUAAAUGUAUAUGUUUAAAGAUAUAAAUAUUUAUUCGCCCCGCGUCCGUUAUUUCAGAGCGGCUUAAACUGACGAGUUAAUAAUGCACGUUAUGCGCUAUGGGUUUUCAAUAAUUCUUCCGUAAUGGAAAAUAAUUAAAAUCAACUGCCGCGCCAAUAGCGUGUACAGCCUUUUGAUGUCAAUAUGACGCUAUUUUCUAGCCGCGGUUCGAAAUAUUUAACUCAUCGGUGGCGUAGCAUUCUGUCGCCCUUGUAUCACCGAAAUAAUGUGUCGAAUACACGUGACUUUUAAUUGUAAGGAAUAUCAAAUUUAUAUCGCAUCUUUAGAAGCAGAUAUUAAAUAGCGUGUUUACCAUUUAAUCGAGAUAACGUUUUUGCCGUCUGCCCAUCAUGCCCAGAUGUGAUUAAAUCAUAUUUUAAUUAAAAAGUUAAUUAAAUGAAAUAAUCCCCUCUAUAUUAAACAUGUUGUCGAAAAAAUAAUUAUUUUUUCGACAACGUAACUUAAACGCUUGACGACACAUAACAAUAAACUUCUGGAAAUCAGUUCCGAAACGUCCGAACGAUUCAAACAGUUCGGAGCAGAAGAGUAUAGGAGAUUUGUAUUUGAUGCAGAUGAAAUAUAUAUUUUUUAUAUAUGUAUACAGAUAAAACUGAUAUGAAAUAUUCUCCAUAAUGAACUGUCGUUCAUCGCUCGGUUCACACGCGAAACGGCGGCGGCGCGAGCAUUGCAUUAAACGCAUGUACGAUAUAACGCACCAUGCAGCCUCGCCUUCCGUCCCCCUUCGAUUCACUUAUUAUCCGGAGUGAUGCAUUGCUUUUCUACAAUGGGAACACAUUCGCGGAUUAGAUCGUGCCGCGCCGCGCCGCGCCCUCGCCGGCCACGAAUAUAACACAAUAUGUACACUUCCAUGUACGUUUCACACACGUUCGUGUCUCCAUUCGCGAAUACGAUCGCAACAGAAGCAUCGUCGUCGUCCCGCCGAUUAUUUCCCCGACGGCAGUCGCCAGCAGUCGCACAGCGGGCGCCAACGAGCGCGGCUCUGUGCCAUUCCCGAAUUCGGCACCCGCGCUCGAUUUAAGCGCCGUAUUCACGGCGCAUCGCGGACUUACGUUAGUUUAGCAAGCGUCCGAUGCGAUCUUGCUCCGAUAUAACCAGACACGAACUUCACGAAACACGUUUCCGUGCGAAAGAACGUACAGAAGAACACACGUAGUGAAAUAAAAGGGUUUGUUAUGCAAAUUGCGGGCGAUCGAAUCGCGGGGAUGUACAAGUUUCGGAAGACUGUCGCAGACUAUCCUCAUAAAACAUGCAUUAUGAAAGAGACGAUCGAUGACGUCGUGAAUGUUGCAAACGGGACAAAAGUGCUUUUGAUCGAUACGUUCAUAAAUUAUUUCCACGUGCCUUCGGGCGGCCCGCCAUGGCGGAAAUUUUCGGAAACGUCGCCGAGCAGGAGAGAAAGGCAUCGUCCCCGCAGAAUGCAGAACAGAUGAGUACACCUUUGAUAGAUUAGUAUACGAAUUAGAGAUUCGAUAAUAAGCGACAAUAAUAACGUAAUCUUUUGAAGAUGUAACGUGUGAUACGGUUGGCUCGUGCACUCGCUUUCUGAGCAUACGAAGAUGUUCAUACGAGAAAUCGUUAGUACGUAUGUAGAUACGUGUGGCAGAGAGGAGUAGCAAUACGAGAAUGAUUAUGACGAAUGGUUUCUUGCAUGACUAAUCUUUUUGUUUCAUAGUAAUCUUCAAAUUGUUUUUCGAUAUACAUUGAAUGUCAUAUGUUGAAGAUAUCGAUAUAUUCCGCGAAAGAAAUAUUUAUGACUUCUCCCUCUGUUUUUACGAGCAGUUUGGAUGUUUAUUUCUGGAAAAAAGAGUAUAAAAUGAUAAAAUUAGUGAAUUAUACAGUAAAUCAUUCACCGUAAUUCGUCUUCGGUAAUACUCCUCUCGUGAUUGCAUUCAGAAAUGUCACUAAUAAUGACUUUGUUGCGUAGAAUACAAAAUGUAAAUUAUGAAAGCCUACAAAAGUCUGAUCUUAUAUAUACGUCACAUUUUCGGAAGAUAUUCGAGUAAGUGUAAACGAAGAUGUUUAUCUUUGAUUAUUAUUAUAUAUUAUAAUAAUGGGCUUUUAACAUUUAUUAUUUGGCACAGCUACGUAGCUGUAUAAUGAAAUUACAAAUUAACUCUUUGAUGAUCGACGGUCAACGCAAAACAUAUCGCUAAUUUUUUUACUAAUUUUUUGAUUGGACGAUUUUGUGAGUAAUGUUUUAAUGAAUAGUCUAUGUUACACUUCCCCUUUUAUUGUAGAUAUAAUUAUCCAGAAACUGGAAAAUGAAUAUAAUUCGAUAAUGUUAAUAAAUUUAUGCAUUGUUGUUUCAUCUUUCAUUUUUCAUAAGUAAAUUAUAAAAGUCUGUAAAAAGAUAUAAAUUAUAUACAUAUUUUAUUAAUGAAGUAAUUGAUGAAAAUAUUUUAUACAAAAAUUGACGUGAAAAUUUUACAAGGUGAAACUUCUUUGUGCGUAUUGUAUAUAGAUAUGUGUGCGCGUUUGUGUGUAAUAGAAAUUUUAUCAGAUGAAAUGAAUAUCGUGCCUUUUCCUGAGAAAAUUUACUAAAGAGAUCGUUCGCCCCGAUAUUUUUCGCUCUAAUUUUACUUCACGGCGAAAUCUCAGUGGAUAAUCAUAAUUUUAGCGUGCUGACUAUUAUCUUUUUUUUUUCUGCUUCGUUAGUCGCUAAUUAAGCGUUGGCCCGGCAUGCAAAAUAGCGCCACAAUACAUUCCACGAUCUCUCGUCGCGGUACGAACGCGAAUAUGCAUCUCACGCCACGCCUGUUUUGUGGCGCGCGGACGCUACAACAAAGGAGAGUGUAAAUGGGAACUUACGAGCGACGGUGGGCUGAUUUAUUGCCGAAUUGACUAUUCAUCUCCUUCACCAGAAACCUCCGGUGCAAGAAGUCACGCGGUCAUUAGCCUGCGCCCGGUGCAGGAACCCCGUCGUCCGAGUUAAAAGAAUGAGAAAGAAAGAAAGAAAGAAAAAGAAAAGAACAGAAAGGUUGCUCCCGUCGGUCGUCAAAGAGUUAGCGGUGAAUUCGCAAUCUGGAGGAUCCAAGGAGUCCGAUCCAGCUGGACUCCUUUCUCAUUCAAGCCGUAUUAGAAUCGUACUUGGAACGGAGCUUGAAAAUCCCGGGGUGAAAUUAAUACUAAGCAGGCCUGGGUGUUGGUGAUUCUAUUUGCGAAAAGUGUGUCUUAUAUUGUGUGCAUGAAAAAGAAAAUGAAAUGAAUCCUCCUUGAACAGUAAAAUAUCUUAAAUAUUUUUUAUGACAUCUGAUUCAUAUAUUGCUCGAGGGCUAAUAAAUAUUUCAGAAUAUAUUAUCGUUUAAAAUAUGAGCGUAGCCAGAAAAAAAGAAGAAAUGCUAAAUGCACAUAUUUUAUCUUUGUAAUUUUACGCUUUUUAUUACUAAUACGUAGAUGAAGAAUAAAGUACAAUAUUGCAUAUUUAAUAUAUUUACACAUAUGUACACACAUUUCGAGUCUAUGUGGCAUGUUUUAUUUAAUUUAUAAUGCGAAAAUUUUCAUUGCUCUAGACUUGAUACUUUUCCAACAAAUUUGGUUUUUUAAAGAUAAUAACGCUCCACAAACAAUUUUCAGGAAUUGAUAAUAUCCCGUAUAUGUAUAUUUAUUUGCAAAACAAAUUUAAAAAAUAGAUCUUUUAUUAUAUAAACAUGAGUUCUUUUUAAUGUGAAAUUAUUUUUGAUUCAUUAACAACAUAUAAUGUUAAAGCAAUUAAAUUAAAAACUUAAUACCCGACUACGUUUCCCCUGAUUACCAAAAUAAUUGCUUUGAUUUUAAUAAUUCUCUGAUGCAUAAUUUUUGCUGAGUCUAAAAAUCACGUGUUUUACAUAAUUUGAUCUGAAAUUGACUAGAGUAUAAUAAGUAGUAUUCAAGCGAUACUUGAAAGCUUUAGAAAAUUUACUAUAUCGAGAGUGCAUCAGAGGGUUAAAGAAGUGCAUCUCACUCGCCGAAAUUCCUCUCGACGAGCACUGACGCGCGCGUUCCGCAGGGGGAGCAUAAACCAACCGUCGAACGUGAAAAACGAGUUACGGGGAUGAGAGAACGGCCGUACAAAAGGGAUUAAUUAGCACUAGGCCGUGGAUACGGAUCAUCGCAUACGCGUCGCGAGUGUCGGCGCGAGUCAUCGAUUGACGACCGUAAAAGCGAACGGCACUUGGCACGGGAAUCUCUCGAUGUUUAAUUCUCGUUAUCUGUCCUUUCAUCUGCUCCCGUUUCAUGCCUCGUUCCUGUCUCUUUGCUUUUCAUUUCUGCGGCCAGCGAUCGCAUUAACUGCCGGCUCAGCGGCGGAUUUAAGCUCGAACCCGUGAGGCGUGUAACCACGACGGUACCCGUCCGCUUAAAAUAACAUGUCUAUCUUUCUCGAUUACGGAACGAUAGAAUUAAAGAAACUCUGAAACAAACGAGAUCAUAUCUGAAAAAUGGUUCGGCCACAAAACGCGAGCUUUGGUUUAAUAAAAACACGACGUAUCACUUACCCAAAUUGUUAUAUACUCUCUCUCUCUCUCUCUCUCUCUCUCUUUAGAAUAUUUAUUUUGAAAAUAGACAUUAUGCAGGUGUUAUGUUGAAACGAUACAUUUCAACCACCAUGCUUGUCUCUGAAUAAAAUCCGUUGCUUUUGCUACGCGAGUAAAUCGAGCCCCGAACAGUUUAUUCGAGUACCCGCGUACAAGAGGACGUCGUUAGAGUUUUCGGAUUCGACGAUGCUUACUUAGAUAGGGGAAGGGGGUGCAUAAAUCCGCCGCUGAUUUCGCGAAACCUGUCCUCGCGAUUGUGUGUAAUAUUGCUCGUGCACACACUGUCAUGCGCGGACGCGCAAUAAAGAACCAAGAAAUCCCGGGGUCCUCCUUUCGCCGCGACAAAUUUUUACCCUCCCCCGCGUUGAAUCACGCGCGAUCGUGCUUCGUCGUAUUGAAGGAGAAACAUCUCGGCGCGAGAUUACUACCACUCGCGCGCGCGCGAGACCCUUUGUGAACGAAAGAAAUCGUCGUCGUCGUCGUCGACGCAUCCUCCUCCCGCGCCGUGGUGAGGCCGAGGUCGACGCGCUCUCUGAUAUAAUAAAUGAUGUUUUAUCUGUCGUGCGAUGCCCGGCGGAUAUAUAUAGCGUAGCCCGACGCAGGCAGGGAAGAGGAGGGGAGAGAAUUGUAAUGCGACGAGGCGUCAAUCUGCUUUUUCGUUCGCGCAGGGUGCGACAAAUCAUGUCGAGGCCGCACCACGUCUCUCGCCGCUCUAACACGAGCACAGAAGAAGCUUCGACGAGACGUCGAUGGACAGCUGUAUAUUGGCUACCAUCGACGAGGGCCGCCGAGUCAGUGACUUGUCGGGCGAGUCGAUGAAGGACAGUAACGAGGUGGAAGUGACGUCACUGGAGGAAGCCAAGUCGGUCAUAGCGGCACUCAGAGCGAGACAGCGGGCACAAGCCCACCAAAUGCUCGCCUGGCGAAGGACCCUUAAAUUGCAGGAGGACCUGGUGGCCCGGCUGACGCGGGAGAAAGCCGAGCAACUGCGGACGCUGUCGUCGCAGCUUCUGCUGUUCGAGUCCAGACUCUGCAGGAAGCAGAAGGAGAUCGAGGCUAGUCUGAGUCAGCGAGAAUCUAUUAUUCUACGCCAACAAAGGGUGAUCCGGCAAUUGCAGAACAGAUUGGCGGAGAGGAGCACGAGCACCAGGGACUCGCCACCUUGCGACGCCCUGGACAGACUGGACAGUCUCGGGGACAGCGAUAGCGCCGUGGUACUCGAGGAGACCGCGGACGAUCCUGCCCCACCGAGGUUUCGUUCUAAUAUUACUGAUGUAACUGUGAUUCGUUCGGUAUCCGACGCUGUGGAACCGUCGAAUAAAUAUUCGUCGAUGCGACGGUGCAACGGAUUUCUCAGAAGACCAGAGAUUCUGGAAACCGUGUAUUCCGUGGAAGAGGACGGUGACAGCGAGAAUAAUCAAGAUCCGUCGGAGUCGACCGAAAACUCGGAAUACGAGGAUAAGAGAAUGAAAAACUUGGGUAACGGAAAAGGCAGGCUUCAGGAUCUCUACGGCAGUUUCGAGAGGCUGGCUCAAGACACGGAUUCUUCGCCCAGCGAAAGACCCAGAGACGAAAGUCAGCAGGCGCAGGUGACAUACAAUAGGGUAAUGAGCAAUCAUAGAUCUGUGACGAAGCCAAAAGACGUGAAGUACAAGAGGAUAAAUAAAGCAAAAUCGAAAAGUCUUGAGGAACUUAGAGGACGUCUUAGAAAUUGGGUCGAGAAAGGGAAUAAAAUAGCUAUAUCGUUAGAUCAGUCAUAUGCUUGAGCUUACUAUCUCCGUAUAUGAAAGUAUAAAUAUAAAUUAUUUUAUGAACCAUUGUAAUAACUGUUGUCAAUCGUAUAAUGCCCGAAAUUAAAUUUUAUUUGUAAGAUUAAGGAAUUUUUAUCUUUAAAAGUAGAGUCGCUACGGUAUUUAAUUGAAAUAUCAUUGUUUCUUGUGAUAUUUACUGUAGUAUUUCUUAUAUUAAUUAUAUGCACUUAGGUCAAAGAUAAAUAAUUUGAGACUUGUGAUAUGAUUUUAUUAUAUACAAAAGCGCAUAGUUAGGAAGAAUUUAUUAUCCAACAAAGAAAUAAUUAACCUUGAAAUACCAUGGUAAAAAUUUAAUGACAAAUAUUGUAUGUGAGUCUAUAUCUACUACUUUAUAUAUUUAUUAUAACCAUUUUUAUUGUGAUUAAAUAUAAAUCAACAUUUUUACACUUGUUUCUUAAAUACAAAAUAUAUAAAAAAUUUUAAACAAUAUUAGAUGCAUUGUUAUAUUAAAAAUGUAAAUAAUUAUUCUAAUUAUUUAUAUUUUUAAUAUAAUUAAAAACUAGAAUUUAUAAUAAUUAAAUUUGAUUCUAUCAUGGUACUCAAGAGUUAAAUAAUAAUUCGAAAUGUGUGACGUACGUCCGUAAACUGCACAUGAACUUUAUUCACAUUUUCGAUAUUUCUUUCUUGUGUUAAUAGCAAACACAUAACUUGUGUUGCCACAUUCUAAAUAUGUACAAGAGAAAUUUUAGGAGGCCUAAAUAUAUACAUAUAUUGAUGAACUACAAAUAUAUAAUUAAGUACACA